CCAUAAAUAUUUAUUACAUAUGUAUUUUCAUGCACACGCAUGCACCUGGUAACCUCAAGAUGAUAUUCACGUCAAAUUUGUGAUCUUGUCAGGUACAUCACACCUUCAACUUUUCAUAAAGUGACCUUACGUAAUGCGACGUUUGACGAUAGUUAACGUGCCAAUUUUUUCUAAAUAUACCAAAUACCAACACAAUUUCAUUAAAUAUUUGUGCAAAUUAGAUACAUACAUAUUUCCCCUGAGGAAUUCCCCUCGCUAAUAUAUACAUAAUCCGGUCUGUUUUCAUCCUCAACAUUUUUGGGACAAACCAUACAUACAAUUAAUUACUGUUCCACCUUCAUUAAAAUGGAUUUCUACAAGUUAUCCUCAGCCCUAAUUACUUGCAUGCUAUUUGUUGUAAUUGACGUGCACGUGGAGGGGAUAGAAAUAGAAAAAGAAUUGCGGUUAUCGUCCCUCGAGAAACAAAAAUUGGAAAAGUUCAAAAUUACGGUGAAGCAAAUCCCGUCACAGGAUUGGCAAAAAUCUGAUCUCGCAUUGAUCCGAUGGUUGCGAGGACACAAUUUGAACAUUCAACAAGCCGAAACAGCAUUUAAAGCGAAUCUGAAAUGGCGAGAAGAAAAUAAAAUUGACUCCAUCCUCGACGACGACUGGACUAAUUUUCAAGAUAAUUUUUAUUUCGACGAUACCGGGACCGACUACGCUGGAAGGCCAGUAAUUGCUGCCGACGUAUCAGAGUGGGACGUUCGGAAUGCCGUCGUUAGCGGAGAUGCCGACAAUUUGGUGCGAUACAUGUUUCGUGCCGUUGAGUCUGGGGCGACACGUGUUCGCAAAAGUCAAGAAAAUGGCCAAAACGUUACCCAGUGGCAAGUGGUCCUGAACAUGGAUAGCUUUAAUCUUGUACAGCACGGUUGUUUACAAUGUAAGUAUUUUUUUUUGCAAAAAAAUUGCCAACUAAAAUUUUGCACGCCAAUAAUUGCAGGUCUUCCCGUUUACCUCCGUUUCAUCACGGCGCACGAGGCCUACUACCCGUUCGGGGCGGAUAAGAUAAUUAUCAUUAAUACCCCAGCCGCGUUUGAAAUCGUGCUCAAUCUGGUUCGUCCAGUGAUGAGUUCUGCUAUGCGAGAUUCUCUUCACGUAUUCGGAACGAAUAAGGCCGUCUGGAAAAAGUUUCUCCUUUCGUUAAUUCCGGGAGAUCAGUUGGGGUCACAUUUCGGGGGAACGAAACUAUGAAGCUAUUCACCCAGUCCAAUUUUGUAGAAGAUUUUAAGUUUCCGGAAUUUACUGACUUUACAAUGUUACAAAACCCUGCAUAAAUGGCUUCUUCUAAAAUUUGCAUGUCAGGAUACAUAUUUAUGUAUACUAAUUCUCCUAAUUAAUAAAAACUGCGAUUACUUAAAAGUAUGAAAUUCA